GUCGUGACCCUUAGUACACGUGCGCAGAAGUUAAUUAAUGGAUUAAAUUUGUUGAAAGGUCUGGGAGCAGUAGUAAUGUGUAACGUUGGCUGAAAAAAAUAUGGUGGACAACGAUACGAUCAGCUGUGAGGACAUGACCAGUGAACUGCAUAAGUCCAGCGAAACCGAUGAUUUGGAUAACUCUGACGAAAGCGACAGACCUGCGGGGGAGCGAUGGGCCCCCGUGGGGGCUAACGAUGGAGAUAAUGAUUUUAGCGACGAAUUCAAAUAUUCCACUUGCUUAGAAAAUAUUUCAUAUGACAUGGAACGGUUAAAAGUGUUAGAAGAAGAACAAGAAACGCUCAAUUCAUCCUUAAUUGCAUUAACGACGCACUUUGCUCAGGUACAGUUCCGACUAAGACAAAUAGUAGAUGCACCUACCGAAGAGAAAGAAAGUUUACUUAAAGAACUAGAAGAAUUUGCAUUCCGAGGCAUUCCCAAUGUACCCAGCAGUCUUAGCUUAGAUAGUCGGUCGACUACACCAAGCUCACCGAUGCCGUGUAAACAGAGUUCUCUGGGAAUGCUAAGCGAUGUAGAGGUGGAAUCUAAAAUGGCUCUACAAAGGUCUAAGCAACGAGAACUAAUAAGCCAACUGAAAUCUCAAUUAGAAGAUCUGGAGAAAUACGCAUAUGAAACGGGGGGAGCCGAUGUGCCGCAGAGUGUCCUUCUAGAACGCCAAAAUGUGAUAAUCAAUCACUUAAAAGAAAAGCUGAACUUCAAUUUUGAUGACUUAUGCAAAAUGCCUUUGGAUGAUCUACGGUGGCAAGUAGAUUGUGCAUUCCGACAAAUCGUUAGCCCUCUGAAGAUGAAGGAACAACUCGUUACUCAAUUGAAGACCCAGAUUGCAGACCUAGAACGUUUCAUAAAUUACCUUCAAGGUGAAGUGAGUCCGGAAACUCUGGCAUGUACCUGUGCGUGUCCAGUACACAGCUCCGCAUUGGGCACCUCGACUUAUGCUAAGAGAUCCUAUGAAAGAAAGCUCAAUGAAGAAGAAAGCAGAACAAAGACCCUUAACACGGUUCGUAAGGUCAUGGCUCUCUUGCAGAUGUUCCUUGUGUCCCAACUAGGAUGUGGCAGCGAACGUAAAAGAAGCUCUACAAAGUCCUUCCAAAAUUGGAGAGAAUUAAGGACGAGACUGGACAUUGCCGUCGAACACGUGCUGGAGAUCGCCGCAGAGACGAACCGGGAGGCUGAGGAAACCAAUGAGGAAAAUGAUUAUUCUUCGGACUCGGAGUUCCCAUCUUCUAGAUGUAGUACCAAACUCACGUCGGCAGUCAGAAAACAUCUUGCCGUUUCUAUUCGAGACUUGAUGCAACAUGGUCUCGUCGCCGAUGUGCGUGCCAGUAGUGUGGUUCCCUUCGUUGGAUGUUUCCCCCAUAGAAGUCCUUCUUCGACGACUUUAAUGCAUGCUUGGGAACUUGUACUCAAGUAUUACGAGAUCAAACAUGGACAGCGAUACAACUCUAGUCCGGCACAAAAACUCUCGCAGAGCUUCAACUUGGAUCUUAUUGGAGAAAGAGUAUCGUCCUCGAAACAGAGUUUACUAAUGGUUAUUGGAAAUAUUAUUGGUUCCCAUACUCCUUACAAGAGGAGCUACGACUCGCACUUUAAAGCUUUCAUUUGUGCAGGACUAAAUACUAAUAAGUUGGUGGCUUGGUUAAAGCUGAUCUUGCAGUGUCAGUAUCUCCUGGAGAACCAUUACACAUCUUGGAGUUACGUCGUCAAAACUGGUUUCCAAGACGCUUUUCACACUCUUGAUCGACUCACAAACGUAAAGUUCAAUCUGCCCGUUGACUUGGCUGUACAUCAAUUCCAGAAUAUCAAGGAUGCUUUCUAAACAGAAUCAUACGAAUUAGAUGAAACAUAAUCUGAACGUAAUCGACUGGCUCGUGAUGGAAUGAAAAUAUUAAAAUACAGUAUAACAAGUUGAUGAAUUUUGUUCCUAUUUGGAACAAAGAAAAUGGGCUGUACACUGUGUGUCCGUUAAUCAGUUGCAUAAUUAACGAUUGUCAUUUAAUGGACACUUGCUGAAUACCUAUUAAAUAUUUGUUCCACGUUAGGGCAUCUAAGAAGUCUCGUAUGAGUUAAUAAUACGUUUAAACACGCAUCACUGUGAGAGGUACUCAAUGUUUUCAGUUAUUAACGCAUACAUGCCUAAUGAACUAAAUGACAUUGACAGUGUUUUACCAAAAAAUCUGUAAAGCCUUUAUAUUUUGUUCCUGUAUGUACUCCGAGAUAGGCCAGAAGAUUGUUACUGCCGAGCUACCAUGAGGAUUUUCUACCAGCUUAUUAACAUAACGCUUUAUAUUGUUCAAUGACAUGUACUUUAGUGUUAUCUGUAAUAUCCCUUAAAUUUAUAAGUACGUAAACAUAUCGAACAUUGUACGCCAUUGAAAAAGAAUGUCGACUUAUUAAGCCGGCAGUCUCCUCGGGCCAUAUGGCGGGACAGUUAAUAACGACAAUGUACACUGGCGGUCACGAAUGGCUUCCUCGUGUACACGGCACCACCAGGUGGUGGUUUCAGAUACCACGUAUCGCAGCAGCGACAAGUUUAAAUCGGAGAGAAGGCUGUAGUGAAUGUUUAUAAGAAAUCGGAAGUUUGUAAAUAAAAUUAAUUAUAGGAAACGUACUAAAAGUUCAUUCCGCAACGCAUUUGAUAUAUUUUAUACAUUUUUUCUUAUAACUGCCAACCGGAACGUAAAAAUUAUACGUUGAACCAGAGAAGAGUUGGGAAAUUGCUUAUGGGCAGAGUCGCGCAAUCGCGUCCUGUACUGUUCCCCGAUGGAGGAUGAACGCACUUGCCACCUGAUACCCUCCAAUGGCUGCCCAAUUUAAGGAUCCUCCCAGCACUGAACACGAUCGCGUGACCCUGCUCGUGAACAAUCUCCCAACUAAUCUCCGAUUAAAGUACGAGCUGACAAAAGUUUACCGACUUAUUAGCGAAUCAGCUGGCAGACCCUCUGUAUCAAAGUUUAAACAGCUUUUACCCGCUCGUAC